AUGAGAGCAAGUAAUUUUUAAUUGUGGUCGUAUUGUACGCAAUAAACGCAGGGCAAGCAUUAGUUUUUGUCGAGGAUCAUUAUCUAUAGCGCAAUAAUCCAUUCACGCAGAUAAUAGUCAAGAGAAAUUAUAUGCUCUCUUGUCCACCGUAUAUCAAUUGAUCAGUUUCUUCGUACUAUAUACUGAUAGUCGAAGUACAUACGCGGUCACAUGCAGAAAUUCUAGUUCGAGGAGAUAUUUCUCUUAGUCUUACGUACUUUAUUAUUUGCGCAGGUAAGUAAAAUUGAAGGCAUGCAGAGGAUUACGUUUCUCACUUUCACACAGUAUACCUAUAAAUCCUCAAUUAAUUUGCAGUUUGAAACGAAAUUGAAUGAAAACAUUAGUAAUUUUAAUAUACACUUUUUACCUUUGACUGUAAUAUAUUCGAUAGUUUAGUAAACGCAUGCAGAAUAGCUGCAGUAUAGGUCAAGCACCGGUGAAAUUUUAGCUGUCUCUUGCAGUGUAGUCCACAAUUAAGUAUAGCUCGCAUUGUGCGGUUAACAUCUGUUUACUAAUUGACUAUAAUCCCUUCACUGUAGAAACAAAUUGGUUAAGACAACCAACAAAUUGUCAGUUGUCUCAGGUUCGUUUUGAAUUUUAGGAUCUACAGCAGUACAGAUGGCCGUUCACACUAUAUGUAGCAUUUUAUUCAGAGCCGUAUCGGGCCAAGUGUGCAUGACAACUAAAAACAAGACCAAUUCGAGUCACUCUAAACUCUACCACAUCAACAGGUGGUCUCGGAUCAGUUCACAUUUUACAACCGAACUAAUUCUUGUUUACCACCCCGGCAUUUUCCCCCGCUUAUUAACAGUAUAGUUAUAAACUUCGGUUAAUUUUGUACUUAUCUUUAAACAACCUUAAAACAGCAAUAGUCAGUGAAUUCACAUAAAACUCUCCAAACGACAUAUAUCUACCGUUUUGAUUGUUGGCGUGGUUACGUAGCAGUUUGAUCGAACAACUACGGCAUGCUAGAAUGCUCAAUGCCAAGGGAAUACAAUUUAUGGUCGCAUUUGUCUUGGAGCAAAAACGCUGACGUUACCGUCGUAUUUCUCAAACUCACUAAUGUCAACAAUGAUUCAAUUUCACUCUAUGUAAAAUCUGGAGAAAAUUUCUUGCACCUGACAUGGUGGUAGCACAAAAUUGUGCAUUUUGUCUUUAUUCAAUAUCAAGCAGGAAUUCGUCCUAAGAAUUCGGCUUUGUCUGCGCUGAUACAAAUGUGUGGUGAGUAGAACGAAAAUACGCGGUCAAGGCAAAUUAAACAGAGUUGUGCUCUUAGAUAUCCGUAAGGCCUUUGAUUCAAGUGACCACAAACUGUUCAUAAAUAAAUUAGAAACGCAGUUUAGUAUCUCCAAUAAUGAAUUAAUUUGUCUUAAAUCUUACCUAAUCAACCAACUGAACAAAUUUGUAUCAUUAAUGGCCACUCAUCGUCCCCCCAAAAGAUCAUAAUUUGCGGUAUCUCACAGGGGGUCAAUUUUAGGGCCUCUGUUAAUUAUAUCUACUUUCAAUGACUUGCCGGAAAGCCUCCAAAAAACUACUCCUUGUUUAUACGUUCAUGAUUCCCAAAUAUUUUCUUCCUCUAAUGUGAUUACACUGAUCUGAUUGAAAUAAGCAAUCUGAACCGAUCUGAACCAAAUAAGCAAUUGGCUCGCAAGAAAUAAACUGCAACCCACCCCACCAAAACUACGUUUAUGACUAUUGGAUCGACAAAUGAUCUUAGCGCUAAAGUUUAUGAUUAUCGACCCUGCAUAUGAUUUUCAACUUAUUGCCUAUUAGUAGAACUAGCUCUUUUUAAUUUCUAGGGAAUUUGUGUUGAUGAGGCUAGCGUCUUUAAAUAAAUUUUACAUACUUACAUACAUAUACACAAAUUCUUACGAUAUUAUUCCUACUGUAGUUUGUUGAGAUUAUUGACGGAGACCGAGGGAAACAGUGUGUUUUGUGGACCCGAGACCGCCGUUGCCCGAGGCGAAGCCCGGAGGGCAACAACAGCGGUCGAGGGGCCACAAAACACACUGCUUUCCCGAGGUCUCAGUAAAUAAGAGUUUUGUUAUAUAGUAUAUAUGUGUCAAAGUGGAGUGAGCUUAAUUUGAAACCAAAACUGGAUAAAAGGAAGGCCGUUAAGUAAAAUGUUUAGUAAAAAGUUUAAAAAAUGAACUUUGGAACUUCAUGGUUGACACGCAUGCGUAUUGCACCCAUUUUAUUAUUGACCGGUCAAUAAAUGUUUCAUUGCGGACCGGUUGCCGAACAUGACGUUUUGUGGACCGGCACGUGAUACGGUUUUGACCAAUCGGCAAACAGAAAAAUUGAACUUUGACACUAACUAUAUAACAACUAACGUUCUUGGUAAAACGUUUCUAGCCUACGCGACCAGACCAAAGCAAAGGGGGCAACGUGGGAAGAAAUAAAAAUUUAAUAUUUAAUUAAUACACUUUUGUACAGUAUUAAGUGUGGUAGCGUAGGCAUGACGCCUUUCCAUGCACCGAUGUUUGUUGAAUUAGCUCUAUACAUAUCUCAGCGAGGGGUAUUUCACUAAAAAUCACUAAAAUCACUAUUCAAAUAUGAAAUGAAAGUCAUAUAAGAUGGUGUUUGGAAAAGCCUGAAAAUUUUCGCUUGAAAAAAAUUCAGAACAAUUAAGUCCAAAAAUUUAAAUAUGGAAAAAUUUUAAAAAAUCCGGAAUAGUCCCAAAAAUCCAGCACGAUUUCUUUCCGAAAAAAACAGAAAAAAUCCUUUGAAAAAUCCGGGUAUCUCAGCACCAUAAAACUAUAAGUGACCCUCCCUGCUAGCUAUGCUGUACCGACUAGACUUAAUAUCUCUCCUUUACAUUAUAUUAUAGAUACUGAUAAUGUCACUGCCAACAUGGAUAAUAAUUAGCACUAGUCUGGCAUGUUUUACUGCUGUAUUCAUGAUCACCACAUUUUGUGUUCUAGCUAGAGCUGUUCGAGGGUACAAAGAAUUAGGGUAAGGUUUUUAAAUGCAGUUAAUGCAAUUAUGUAACUUAUUCUAUAGCGUGUUUAAUGUAUUAUGUUUUAGCAAAAAUAGCUUUUUCUUGUUGAUUUAUGGAAAGGUUGCAUGUCAUAGACGUAUACGAGACGGCGUGACCGGAGAGGAGGGGAGGGGAUGCGCACCCCUCCCUAAUCAAUGUCCAGUCGGGCAGAUUCUGCUACAAAAUCACGGGGCAGAUUCUGCUACAAAAUCACGGGGCAGAUUGCUAGGCCUUUUAAUGUAGUGAUACUAGAAUAAAUUAUAUUCAGCCAGAGAAAACAAAUUGAAAGUUGUUUCAUUAAAAUGUAAGUAAGGAGUUUUCGACAUAUCUUAAAAAUAAUGAAAUCCACGAAAUGCUCGUAAAUACAGUUCAGUACAGUAGUUCCAUAUUUACCAUUUGUCGUUUUCAGAUUGACCAUAAUUUGUAAAGGAGAUUUGUUCCUUCUAUUUACCUUCUAUUCAGAUAUGUGACUAUCAAUAAACCUAUAUGAUAAUGUCGGUCAAUUUGUAUCAACGUCGGGGAAAUUUUGGCCUUUAAAAAUAGAAUCGACGUGUAAGGUUACAUUCCAUCGUACAAAUCUGAAUAAUUGUUCAUCACGCCAAAAUUAGUACAAUGAUCUGAACACUAAAAUAAACUCUAUUUAGCGUAUAUAGUAUAUACAGUGCGUAGUAUCAACGUAACAAAUGUGAUCACCUCCUUAGAACUGGCUCUCCGUUCAAGUUGACCUACUCCAAACGAAAACCAUCUACCAGAAACGACAACUUGCAUAAAUCCUUAGCCAGCAGCCGAGCAUGUAGUUUGAAGUCCCUGCACGCUUACGAGUCCAAUUUAGCGAUAGAAGCCGAACGAGAUUCACGCCACAUUUUUGAAAGAUCCUCCGCUUUCGAAUACUGGUGGGACGACAACAACAAGUUCACAACACCAAAACCCAGCGGCCGCUUCCAUACUAUUCCUAUGUUUUAUCAUGGUGGCAGAAAAGAGUUUGGUAAGGCAGGAAAUAGUGGAAAUGGGCUUGAAAAAAUGUCGAAUGUUGAUAGAAUGUCUAGACAGAAUGCAGCUUCCUGGGCUGGUAAUAUUGACCGAACUGGAUACGACGCAGUUAAUCCUGAAGACAACAACAAACCCACAGGAGAUUUAAAACUAUAA